CCUCAAGAAUGCCGCUCGCAUCGGUCCCCUUUUGAAUGAAGAGGGCGUGGGAUUUCUUGUUCCGAGACUCACGCCGCCGCAGCUCCACCCCCGCUGCUUCCAGCCUCGAAGUAGCAAUGGACUCUUCUUCUUCGUCGUCGUCGACGGAGCGAUACAGCUACAACCCUACCCUUCGUUGGAAUCCACAGGUUGAGGAGUAUUUCAUCAAAUCCUAUGGAGCCGACCACUUCGCCCGGAUUUCCAAAGCCCUAACGCAUCCAUCUUGUUACUCUUGUAUUCGUGUGAAUACUCUCAAAUCUUCAAGUGAUGCUGUUAUCAAGAAGUUAGUAACCGUUCUAGAUGAUAAAAAGCUUUCUGGUGAUAUUGAUGGCAUGACAAUUAGCAAACAGAGUGCUGCAGCUGAAGUUGACCAAGUAAUGAAACUAGAUAGCUUCUGUGAAACAUUAAAUCCUGAUCAUAGGCUUUCCACAGGAACAGUUGGGGAUGGAGAUACUUCUGUGGAAAGAGUACUAAGGCCAUCCCUUUGCAAGUGUCCCUAUCCUGGUCUAGACAAUGUUUUGUUUGUCAAAGGUUCAGGACCGCACAUGCUUCAGUAUGACAGUCAACCUGGCCAACCUGUGAAAGAAGUAAUUGUGAGUCGAAAAUGUGCUGAGGCAGUUCUUCGAGGAGCCCAGGUAUAUGUUCCUGGUGUAUUGGCUUGCAGUUCGCACGUUGAAAAGGGGGAUAUAGUUGCAGUUUCAGUUGCUGUGGAACAGCCUCUUAAUGACAAUUGUUGGGGGGUUGGUAUAACGCGUGGAACUGUUCUCCAGGGGUUGCUGUCAGAUCCUCAAUAUCAUGAAAGAAAUGGCAUGUACAUCGGGCAAGGAAAAACUUUGAUGUCAAGGGCUGGAAUCUUUCGUGUUCCUGAAGGGAUUGCUGUGGAAAUGACAAAUAGAGUAUACAAACUUCCAUCUUUUCAUGAUGUGCUUGAAGGAGAAAUAUUUCUUCAAAAUUUGCCCAGCAUUGUCACUGCUCAUGUCUUAGAUCCCCAACAAGGAGAACGGAUUUUGGACAUGUGUGCUGCUCCAGGAGGGAAAACGACUGCAAUUGCUAUCCUUAUGAAGGACAAAGGAGAGGUUGUUGCCAUUGAUAGAUCUCACAAUAAGGUGAUGGAAAUUAUGAAGUUGGCGGCAGAGAUGGACUUGACUUGUAUAAAUGCAUAUAAGCUCGAUGCUCUUAAAUCAGUACGUCGGACUAAUGAGGGAGAUAAUACUGAUGUAACAGAUCAUAUCAUUAGAGAUUUUGAUAUGACUGUUAAAGACUCAAAAUCAUUUAGAGCGACAAAUGGUGACAUAGUUAGCAGUAAUACAGAAACAUCCGGCUUUGAUGUGACAUACAUGCAAACUGUCAAUAAUGGAAAAGCAGAUUUAAGAAGGUAUCUCAGCAAAGCUGACCUAAGGAAGAAUGCUCGACGAAUGAGAAAUGGACCCGGAAGAAAUCAUUGCAUGGGUGCUAGGGUUGAAAAUUCAAAAGGCUUUCUACCUAAUAGUUUUGAUCGUGUUCUUCUUGAUGCUCCAUGUUCCGCUCUUGGCUUGAGACCUCGACUAUUUGCUGGGGAGGAAACUGUAGAAUCCUUGAGAAAUCAUGCAAAGUAUCAAAGAAGGAUGUUUGACCAAGCUGUUCAGCUAGUCCGUCCAGGAGGAGUUAUUGUCUACUCAACAUGUACAAUAAACCCAGGAGAGAAUGAGGCCUUAGUUCGGUAUGCUUUGGAUACACACAAAUUCCUGUCAUUGGCAUCACAGCACCCUAAAAUUGGAGGAGCUGGUAUAGCUGGUCGUUGCGAGCUGUUUGGUGGGGAAUAUGUGGAGAAAUGGCUUACCCAAAGUGAAGCAGAACUUGUUCAAAGGUUUGACCCAUCAUCUUCGCUCGAUACAAUUGGUUUCUUCAUUGCAAAGUUUGAUGUCGGUCAGAAAGAUUUAUGAGUGCCAGCAUUGAACUUACUGGAAACGGCUAAAGCCAUGGUCCAGCUGAUCAAGUUCCAUUAGUCAUUGAUCAGAUUACCUUCCUAACUGAACAGGAUGGAAUGCAACAUGCAGUCGGUCCAUUUGAUCCAGCAUGUUUUGGGUGCUUUGAGACAACUUGUGUUUACUUGAAAGUCCUCAAAACUUGGACGAGAUGGCCAAAUCUAUGCGGAGAAAUGGAGUCCGGUCCCACAUCACUGCAGUGUAGAUGUAACUUCUAAUUUUCAACAUUUGGUACUUCAGUUAGCUGCUGAAAUCUAUCGUGUUAACUGAACAUAACAACUAAAUUGAACAUGAUUAAAGAGGCACUUCCAUUUUUCACAUUGGCUCAAUUCAUGUAUUGACAUCGUCUGACAAGUCUUUUUAAACUAAAUGUUCUGUAAAAAUUUAUUUUUAAUAAUAUAUUCAUUGGAGGUGAAUUUAAAUUGA